CCAGGCUGGUUUGGAAGCGAGGAAAUUCAGUUUUUCACUGAUGCGGCGGCUGGCAUUGGUUUUGGAAUUUUCUUUGGAGGCAGGUGGGCUCAAUCCAGGUGGCCUGCUGAUUUCCAGGCCGGUAGGAGGUCUAUAGCUUUUUUAGAGCUAUUCCCUAUUUGGGUAGGCUUGGAGAUUUGGGGCAUGGAGCUAAAGGACAAGAAUAUAUUGUUUAAUUGUGAUAAUCAGGCCGUGGUGGCAGUACUUAACAAGCAGUCGGCGCUAUGCCCUGAUAUUAUGGUUUUGGUGAGGAAGGUGGUGAUUAUAUGUUUAAGCAAUAAUAUAGUGUUGAGGGCUAGGCAUGUACAUGGAUGUGAUAAUGGUAUAGCUGAUGCACUAUCUCGAUUUCAGAUGCCGAGGUUCCAUGCGUUAGCACCGGGGGCCGCCCGGGAGGGCGUGGAGGUUCCAGUCCGUCUUUGGAAGAGCUGGCUAUCGAGAGAAGUCGACUGCUGAUGGCUUCUAGGGCAGCUCGAACACACACAACUUACUCUAUUGCCUUGGGGGCAUACGUGAAAUUUUGUAAAGUGUACGGAUACGACCCCCAGCUACCCCCUAAUGUAGAAUGGGUGGCGCAGUUCAUUUCUUAUUUAUCCUUUAUGGGAUAUGCAGGGUCUACUAUUCAAACAUACAUAUCUGGGUUGGCAUUUUAUAUGAGUUCAUCUGGGCUACAGGAUGUGACCAAGAGUUUUGUGAUUACAAGGUUAAUUGAAGGGUGUAGGCGAAGUACUUUGAGAAGAGAUGCUAGGCAUCCAAUCACAUUGUCUGUGUUAAAUAGAAUGCUCGCCUACUUGAGGCAUGUUUGUGGUAGUCAUUACGAUGUUUUGAUGUACUCUGCUGCUUUUUCAGUGGCAUUUUAUGGUUUGUUGAGAGUUAGUGAGUUGACAGUAGAGUCCAGGCAUAGAUGUGAGUCUAUUCUGCAGCACACAUUUCGUAUUGGGGCGGCUACGACCGCUGCCAUGGCCGGUUGCUCGGAUGAAGAAAUCCAACGCAUGGGGCGUUGGGUUUCGAGUGCACAUCGGAGAUAUAUA